CCACAUUUGAGCGCCCCCUAGCGUCGCGAACUAGUAUUGCAACCGGGGCGCUUGCUUCUGGCGUUUGUCUGCGUGACCUUACAAGGGUGGUCGGUCCGGUUUCGCCGUGCUACAGGGUAUGGGAUUACCUAUUGUGCACGAUGUGGUUUCCGUGCUGCGUUUAGAGAUUUAGAGCUUCUCCAAUAACUUCUGCCACAACGGGAGCAAGAUCUACACCCUGACUCGACAUAGGAGCAUCUCAGAAGACCACGAUGAGGCCGCCCGUUUGUCUGUUCAAGGCCAUCCUGGGGCUGGCUGUCUUCACGGCAGUUGUGAUCACGGCAGUCUCGCUAUUUACCGCGAGACUUGAGACGUCCAGACGACCUGUAGCUGUGCAGGUUCAGCUGAGGGAGAUACCGACGGUUCGACCUCCCAGUCGAGAGCAGCAGAGGGUCUUUGAAAAGGACACUAUCAAGUUCUCUCCACCGAACUGUACAGCGAGAACCAAACUAGCUCUGACAAAGACUCACAAGACGGGAGGUACAACACUGAUGCAGAUCUUCCACCGGUUCGCCUACCUACACAACCUGUCAGUGGUCCUGCCCACAGCCACGCAUCCUGGCCGUAUGAACCUGUUCUACCUGAAAGGUCUGACUCCCCAAAACUACCUCCCACCUCAACAUGGCCGCUACGACAUGCUAAUCUACCACACCAAGUAUCACAAGGACAACUACACCAAGCUGUUAGGAAAAGAAGCGAAGUUCAUCACCAUUCUGAGAGAACCUCUGAGCCAUCUGAAGUCCCAGUUUAACUUUUUUAACCUAGCGGAGAAGUUUAAGUUGACAGGACAGCAGCCGCUGUUCCAGUUUCUACAGAACCCUGGCUUGUAUGACCACGGGAGAACAGGGAGUCACGGGACCAGAAGCCCCAUGUCUAAAGACCUGGGCAUGCCUAGGACUACUCUGGAGGACAUUGGCAAAAAGAUGGAGACAUUAAAACCUGGAGAACCCGUCAAAGCUGAAGUUUUGGCUACCAUACACUCUUUCGUCGCUAGGAUUUCAAAAGAGAUGGAUCUUGUGAUGAUUACGGAUUAUUACGACGAGUCGUUGGUUAUGCUAAAGAGGUUGAUGUGUUGGGAGCUGAGAGACAUAUUGUACUUUAAAAUGCUCUCCUUUUCGUACGAGUCCAAAGGAGAUAACAUUCCACCAUGGCUGGUCGAAAAACACAGAAAAUGGGACAUCGUAGACUAUCAUCUCUACGAGCACUUCAACAGAACGUUCUGGCAAAAAGCGUACCAGCUGGGGGAAGACUUUAGAGCCGAAACUGACAAUUUUAAGGACAUCCACCUCCAAGUUCUGAAACACUGUACAGUGGAUAACCCUCGGAACAAGGGCGUGCUGGUUAUAUCGGAGAGCAGAUGGAAUCCCAGUUUCACAGUGACAUACGAGUUCUGUACCUUACUGAAGUACGGACAGUUGUGCUACAUGUCGCUUCUCUAUGAUCGGAACUUGAGGUCCAGAAGAAAACCCAACCCAGGACUGAAGAGCAAGCUGAAGGAACACUCCCCGCACUGUGCGCUGUGUGAGAGGCUGGUACCGGACUGUACCAUGUGUGUGAAGAUAUCCCAGGAUUGUACGCUGAACGAGUACAUCACACACCUGUUCUUCGAGAAGCAGUUGUCUCAUUUCGACUCCAGUCUCAGCAAAAAUCGCCGAACUAUAAAUGGACAAAGUCAAGAAGAAUUUAAUGCCGACGGGUCUAGUUAGGAGCGUGUUCGUUGGCCAUACAGCAUACUAAUAUAAUAACCUGCACGAAUGUUAUCAAUAAUUUAUGUAUCUCUCAAAUAAUAAAAUACAUUUUCAGUAUUC